AUGCCUGGCUCUUCACCUGCGAAGCCCGUCGACUGUAUGACUGAUUUUGAUGCCAGUCAUCUAGUAGGAAAGACCGCUGUCGUUACCGGAGGUACGCAUCACUCUUCAAUCUGCUGGUGCAAAUACAACAGCUUUUUCAAAUUGAAGGUAUGCUUCGGAGAUCGUGAUGCCCACCGAGGAGAGCAGCUCGCUUUUGAACUCAAAGACUGUCGCUUUGUGCACUGCGACGUAACAAACUGGGACAACCAACUUCGGCUGUUCAGCGAAGCUGCCUCGUUAUCUUCCUCUGGGAAAAUUGACUAUGUAGUCGCCAACGCGGGUAUCAUACAUGCAGACGACGUAUUCACAUUCGAAGGUCCCAACCAAAUACCCAAGAAGCCAAAUCUCGACAUCAUCGACGUAAACCUCAAUGGCGCGCUCUACACCUGUAAACUCGCAAUGCACUAUUUCAUGACCCAAAACGGCACAUCACCGAAUUCCUCCCAAACAGACACCUGCCUGAUCCUCAUUGGCUCAGGAGCCGCUUACCUCGACUGUCCACGCGGACCCCAAUACAGUGCCUCCAAAUAUGCGAUGCGUGGUAUCAUGCACUCCCUGCGUCGUACAGCGUACUACUACGGUUCUCGCAUCAAUAUGAUUUCGCCAUGGUAUGUGCGCACGAAAAUUCUGACGGAUAACGACUUUGAUGCGGUGGAGAAGGCAGGUGUACAGCUUGCUACUACAGAAGAUGCAGGGCAGUGUUUGUUGAGGAUCUUGAGCGAUGGUAGUAUCAAUGGGCGGUCACUUUUUAUCUCAGCAAGGAAGUGGGCACCGAGGGGUUAUAUUGAUCUGGAUUUGGAUGAGUAUCCUGGAAAUGAUCUGUUGGAGGAGAUUCAGGCUGAUCAAGUCAAGUUUGCGCCUGUAGAGGCGGGCUUGUUCGUCUGA